AGAAUUGCUGAAUAGCCGUCGACACGAUAUCAUGGUGGUGAUGUUUUUCGUUUGAAAGAGACUCGGCCCGAAAAAAAAUGCACAGCCACUUAUUUUCUGUCUCUUCCAUGGCCGCCCAUCCUAUUCCUCAUUCUCAACUGUAAUCCCUCCCGCAUUCGUUUUGACUUGGAAUCAUCUCAAAGUAUCCACAAACUCGGAAGUUUUCCGGCUGUCGCGUCGAAAGUCUUGUGCGACUUUGUUUCGACUGCCCACCAGCAACCAUGAGCGCGGCUAGUCGUAUCCAAUCCUAUGUCUUCUGGAGCACGGCACAGGCUCGUCAGAUUGUCAGAAAUGUCUUGCUGAAGGAACCGAAAAUUGGCAUGCACCAUCAACAGCUGUUCGACGAAAUUGUAAAGCAGUACCCGACCGAAAAACUCCCUAAGCACCUUGUGCCUGUGCAGGCCGAGAUUCCGCGGACACCUCCAGCUCGUGGCGGAGCGUUUGUGAAGCCAGCACCCGCGCUGGGAGACCAUCCCGUACGGUCGAUGAGGUACUUGAAAAAGGUUAUCCUGGAGGACAUGCUUCGUCUUAACGAAGUCGAAAGAGUCAUUGUCACUAAAGACGCCAAAGAUAAGGAUUCGAGGAGAACGAGAAGGAAGGCACUCUACGUUAACCAUUCAGAACCUGUUGGUGCCGAGCAGAUCUAUCGAUGGCGGGUCGUACCUGGGUCGGAACCUUCGGAUGAACCUGACCCUGAUCCAAAAGAAAUGUUUGAAACAAAACGCGUAGAAGCGUGGAAGAAAAAGGUGCGGGAGAGGAAUAAGUUGCUACCUCUAUUCCAGAGGAUGUCAACUGCGCAUCCACCUCCUCCAAAACGUGUUAUAUGGCAGCGCGAGAAAGAAGCGCGAGAGAAGGGAUUUGAGUACGACCCGUUCUCGGUGUGUUUGCAUUAUUUUCGUCGUCUAACCCAAUUUUACGCGUUUUGUGCUGUAGUACGAUGACAGCAGACAGAACACUAUCGCCAGGAGCGGAUACU